AUGUCGCACUCACACUCGCACUGCCAUGACGAACAUCACGAUCACUCGCACGGCGAUGGUCAUGAUCACAGCGAUGACAUCACACCCGCGCUCCAAAACAUUCUCUACGAACAAAUCGACUUCCCCAAGCUAGUCACACUCAAUGAAGAUGAAUCAAAUAGCGGCCGCGCCAUCUGCCAGAAAACGUGGGCCCAACGUCUUGACCCAGAGCCAGAGCUCAGAUCCAGUGCCGACGAGCAACUCCUCAUGACCGUCCCCUUCACAGGCCAAGUGCGCCUGCACAGCAUCAUCCUGCGCACCAGCCCUAGUGGCUCAUGUCCCAAAACUCUCAAAGUCUUCAUCAACGAAGACGCCCUCGACUUUGAGACUGCCAGCGAGAAAGAACCCACUCAAGUGCUUGAAAUCAGCCAGACAAGCGAAGUCCAGGAGAUUCCAGUCAAGCGCGCAAAGUUUGGCACCACGAGGUGUCUAGCGUUGUUCUUUGAGGAUAACUGGGGUGGCGAGGAGGAGACGCAGAUUAGCUAUCUGGCAUUCAAGGGUGAUUAUAUGAAGUUGAACAAGGAGGCGGUUAGUGUGAUGUAUGAGGCUGCGGCGAAUCCGAGUGAUCAUAAGAAUAUUGUGGGUAUUGGGCAGGGCGUGGGAAGGAGUAUUCAGUAA